AUGCUCCACAACAUGGAGGCCGAGCGGCAGCGCCGGGCGCAGGAGGCUGAGCAGCACAAGGAGGCGGAGGCUAAGCGCCUGAACCUCAAAGUGCAGCAGCUGGCCAAGGAGCAGCAGCGGUGCCACAAGGAGCUGCACCAGGCCUACUGCGAGCUCAACCGCAGGAUCGCCGAGCACGAGAAGUGCGAGCGGAGGCGCGCGGGCAAGGCCGAGCUCACGCUGCAGGCCGUCAGAGACGCGGAGACGCAGGUGGACCGGCUGCGGCUGGAGGCCCGGAAGGCGGAGGAGACGCUGGCCCUGGCGAGGCUGGAGCUGCGGGAGCAGACCCAGGAGGGGGGGGAGGAGGAGGAGGUGCCGGGGCUCAAGUGCCAGGUCACCGAGCUGCACGACGUGCUGAUGAAGGACGUGGGCGACCGCAUUCGCGCCGACGGCCGGUGGCCUCUUGUCAUCGACCCCUCAGGCCAGGCGGCCACCUUCCUGCGCUACCGGGAUACCAACUACGUGGACACGGUGAACCCCGACCACCUGCAGCCCGAGAGGAUCCGGCUGGCACUCCUGGGGGCGCUCAGGUAUGGGAAGCCCCUGGUGUUCGAUCUGCGGGAGAUGGACCUGUUCCCUGCGGUGCAGCGGCAGCUGGAGGCGGUGCAGCAGGGCCUGGCGCAGGAGCUGCUGAGCCGCAGGCUGCUGGAGCAGGACCGCUACCUGUCGCUGCUGAGGCCCACGGACGGGCCGGAGUACGGCCCCACCCAGUUCCAGGAGGCCCGCCUGGAGCAGUUCCGCCUCUUUUUUGUCACCCAGGUGCGGUGGCCCCCGGCCGAGCAGUUGCAGGCCCUGCUCCCCGUGCAGGUGCAGCUGCCCAGCGAAGGCCUUUAG